UGCUGCCAGAGCGGAAGAUCCACUCGAGAAGUAGAUAGCGCACUUGAUGCGUCUGCGAACGUCUUCAAGAGAAGAGUGCCGCAAACGGAGUAGUACCUGGACAACAUCGUUGUCGACCACCGAAACCGCUCGUGCCUCAACGCAAUCCGGUAUCGCCAGUGGUGGCGAGAGCGGCAAUUGCGGCAGCAAGCGACAUCCUUGUCAAUCGAGUCGGUCCCCUCAGCUACCGAUGACAGCAGUGCGAAAGAGAGCUGUGUUCUUGGCUUGGCAAUAUUGUUCUAGCCCCUAGCCGGUUACUCAGACCUUCGAACAGUCCUUCACCGACUGAGUUGGUGAGUCUGUCCCUCGACGAACUGUCCGUUCGAUUAGUCACUCUGGAUCACUCAGGUGAUCGGGUUAUCGGUUGCUUUUCUGCUCGGCUGGUCGAUCGAUCGCUUCGCUGCCUGAUUUGAAAGUCAACAGCUCGAUGAUCGAGUUCCUCCGGACAAGCAUGGAGUGAUAUGUCAACAGUGGGAGAAACUUGCUCGCGCAGCUGUGGAUCCUCAUCGGUGAAUUGUGAUCAAGCCUCACCAUGGUCGAAGCGGGAUCGCCUCCACCAGAUCGACAGAGAUGCACCCCGUUGACUAAAAUCGUCGUCUCCGUGUGCGCGGGUCUGUUGAUGUGCAUUAUAGGAUUGGUGUCGUAUGCAACGUUCCCGCCAAUCCUGGAACAACAAGUCAAAGCUAAUCUUAUCAUCGAUCCCGCCAAUGAAAUCUACGAGAGUUGGGAGGCGGCUCCGAUUCCAAUCUAUGUGAAAAUGUACCUUUACAAUUAUACGAACCACGAGCAUAUAUUGAAGGAUGGCGUCAAACCGAUCCUGGAGCAGCUCGGCCCGUAUGUCUACAGGGAAUAUCGAAAAAAAGAAGACGUGAGCUUCAACGACAAUGGAACUGUCACAUAUCGCCAAGUUGUUUCGUACGAGUUUCUCCCGAACUUGACGAAAGGAGAUCUCGAUGACGAAGUCAUCACACUGAAUGUGCCUAUAAUCGGAGCUGCCUUCAGAAAUAGAUUGAACCGAGCCGACGAGAGACAAGUCAUGGCUGACGGACUUCAAGAAAUGUUCGCUAAAUACAACCAGACGGUCUUCAUGAAACGCAAGGUCAGGGAGCUUCUCUUCGAGGGCUAUCAAGACGAAAUGAUGAGCUUCGCGAAAACUUUGAACUGGUCCCACACGGAUAGGUUUGCCUAUCAGAUCGAUCGAAACAACAGCAACGACGGCCUUUACACUGUUUUCACGGGAUCGAAAGGAAUGCACAACUACGGCUCGAUUGAUAAUUGGCAAGGACAACAAAAGGCAGCUGGCUUCAAAACACCAUGCAACGCCAUCAACGGAACGACUGGGGAAAUGUGGCCGCCUUACAGUAUCAGUGCGGACAAACAAUUGACGUUUUUCGUUUCGCAUCUGUGUAGAUCGCUCAGUCUGAAGUUCAAGAGAGACGAGACCGUCAAAGGCAUCAAGGUUCUGCGCUACCACAUCGACGACAAGCUUUUCGAUUACGAUGUCGAGGAGAACAAGUGUUUCUGCCGGAAGACUAAAAGAGAAUAUCUCUGCCCACCUAAUGGUGCUCUGGACAUCAAUCGGUGUCAGCGAGAUGCGCCUCUCGUAGUGUCUCUACCCCACUUCCUUCACUCGAACCCAUCAUUGAUCUCAGCUGUGGAAGGUCUGAGACCAGAAGAAGAUUUGCAUGAAUUCUUCAUGGAUGUGGAACCGGUUAUGGGGAUCCCGGUUCGGGUGUCCGCCAGAAUGCAAAUGAAUGUCGUUGUCGACAAAUUUGAGCAUUUCCGAAUGUUCGAAAAAUUCAAUCUACAGUAUUUGCCCACAUUCUGGCUGGAGACUUCCGCAACUGUUAACGACGAUAUGGCAUUCAAAAUACGACUCGUGACGGAAGACCUCGCCAGUUACGUGACGUUUGCUGCUUCGCUGUGGAUAUUCUUGGGUCUUUUCGCUAUCAUGUGCGCGCUGGCAUUCCUUGUGUCACACGCUCGAAAAAAGAGAAAAGAGAGGCCUUCGUCGAAGAAGUACACUGCCGUGAAAUUAAUCCGCGCUGGACGGUGAAUCCUUCCUCAUUCCGUCGACGUAGCCUGAAACUGUGUUUUCCCUCCGGGGACCUAGCAUGCAUUUCGGAAUUGGUUACGCUUCCUGAUUUCACUUGCUCAAAGUAUACCAAGAUAUUCCCUCCACUGGUGACUGAAAUGCAUUUUACUGAAAACUUGAAGGAUUCAGCGCUCAAACGGGUUGUGGAUCGGAAUCCUCGAUUAAGUAGACUGAAAUUUUCGCAUAGAGUUUAUAGUUCCGGAUUGGAAACCUCCCCCGUCCAGGUUCGGAGACAGUCUAGUUCUUGUCCAGCCAUUUGUACCUGCCGAGUCUCGAUACGUUAUACACACUCAGUACUCACCGUUUUUGUCUGGAACAAGGGUGAGACGAGCGUUUCGUCGCCAUAAUCGCGGCCGUCGCAGGCGAGGUCAGUACAAUCAAUUUUAUAUAUGUGGAAGAGGGAGACGGGGUCAUUCUGAGAAAGAUCUCGCACCCGGACACUCAACAGUAUAUUUUGCAUGCUCAGGAGAAAUUAAUUUCAUCGACUGUUUUCAACGUUUGCAUACCCGGUUGCAAUUCCGACCGGCGUCCCUAAGUUUUCGCAUCUCGGUGUUCCCGAUCGGGCCGCGUUUUUAUAAUAGAUCCGGGAUCCAAGAAAGGAGUCGGAAGUCUCGCAGGCCUAGCCCUGUCUAAAGCUUCUGAGUGGGCAAGAUCUGUGGAGCUAUGCAGCAUCGCGUAUUGCAAAUCCCGGGAACACAUACUCUUAAGUAGGAAAUCGGAAGAGGGUUUGGAGCGGAUUACGACAGGGCAGAGCUUAUAUAUUUCUGAUGUUGACACAGUUGUGAUCUGCAUACAUAGAUGGAUAUGAAUUCAGGGAGACCAUCAGAAAACUCACACUCGAUGGAAAGUGAGCUUUUAUCGCUGGUGUUAUAUAAGAGAACUUUGCACAAAAGCAUGGACGAUAUCCGAAAGACUCAGUCAGACAGAUUUGUUUUGAAAUAAAACAUGUUC